AUGGCGCUGCGCUGGAUUCAAGAGAACAUUGCCGCAUUUGGUGGAGAUGCCUCGCGUGUGACAGUCCAAGGAGAGUCAGCCGGUGCUUUCUCAAUUGGUGUGCAUUAUCUUACCAAUGAAGAACAAGACGAAGAAUUUUUUCAUGCUGCGAUUGCUGAAAGUGGUGGGCCAGUACUCGGUGCUCCUCUGACCGCAUCAGACGAGCAAGACGUCAUGUACGAGAGGAUUCUGACAGAUAUUGGGUGUUUGGCUAUGAAAGAUGACCUGGAAUGUCUACGAUCUCAAGAUGCCAGCAAGUUGAACCAAGCUUUUGCUCGCACGUCUGGUUCAUACGUGCCCAUCUUGGACGCAGAUCUAGUUACCGGUUACACUUCUGUUGCUCUGCGCGAAGGAAGGUUUUCAAACCGUCCACUUCUUAUUGGAACUUGUUACAAUGAAGCAAGCUCCAUUAUCGUUGCGAGUUGCUUUGCUGCAAACACGUCUGCUGAUUUUCAAGAUUACGUCGCCGGGUCAUGGAAAGGCAUCUCAAGCACCACUAUCAAUGGCAUCGUGGAUGAAUACGUCAACAAAAUGUCAGAGGAAGAAUUGAAAAAGAGUCUCGGCACGAUACGCCAGUCACCGGGUCCUCAGUAUGGAUCUUUAUUCGGAAACUUGGCUAUGUACCAAGGUGAUAUCAUAUUCGAUGCCACAAGACGUUACACCACGGAAGUUUGGGGACAAUACAGGGUGCCCGUAUACAGCUAUCGUUUCAGCGUAGUUCCAAACGGUAUCGAUUCUGAGAUCCUAGGCGUUCCCCAUUUCCAAGAGAUACCUUUCGCAUUCCGGAAUUUCGAUGGCGUAGGACACGAGGUUAACAGACUUGCCUCUGCCUCUUUCAAACCCCGUCAAAAGUACUUGCAAGUGAGCAAUCUCAUGAGCCGCAUGUGGAUCAGCUUUGUGAACGAGCAUUCGCCAAACGGCCACGAUGGUAAGUCCUUACUGUGA